AUGUCACGCCAUGGCGACAACGAUCGUCCCACGAUGACCCCAAUGAACGAGCCACCUCUCUCAGUCUACGUUGAUUAUACCCCUCGACGCACGCGCGUAUUCAACCCGACGAGAGCCGAUCCUCUGCAUGACCAUUCUCUUUCACGACAAAAGCGAGCUGAAUACUUCCAUCGGCUAGCACAACAGGAACCCGACGAUGACAACGGCAACGUGAUGGAUUCACCUUCAGUACGUCGAUAUCAUGGUGUCAGUGCAACCGUCAAACCUGUGGAAGCAACCUAUGAUCCAUCCAAGGGAGAAGCAUUGUCUAUGGAUGAUACAACAAGGACACGCACAUGGACUAUCGCAGACUUUGAAGUGGGCAAGCACCUUGGCAAUGGUCGAUUUGGAACUGUAUACUUGGCAAAGGAAAAGUCAAGCGAGCAACUCGUCGCUCUCAAGAUCAUCAAGAAACAAGAAAUGGAGGCAGCCAAGAUUGUCUCGUUCCUUCAAAGGGAAAUCGAGAUCCAAGGUCAUCUACGACAUCCAAACAUCCUACGACUAUACGGAUACUUUCAUGAUGAGGAUAACGUCUAUAUCGUUUUGGAAUACGCUGAAAAGGGUGCGUUGAAUAACGUGAUCCAAGAACACAGCUGUCUAUCUGAGAAAAAUGCAGCCAAACUCAUGCUUCAAGUCAUCAGUGCCCUUAAAUAUCUACAUGCAUUACGUGUGAUCCAUCGAGAUAUCAAACCCGAGAACUUGUUGGUCGAUUGGAAAGGACGCUUAAAGUUGGCAGAUUUUGGAUGGGCAGUGCAUGAUCCAUGGCCAAGGCGGCGUACAUUCUGUGGCACGCUUGAUUACCUUUCACCCGAAAUGGUUGAAAACAAGACACAUGAUGAACGAGUUGAUGUAUGGGCUAUUGGUAUAUUAUGCUAUGAGAUGCUGGUUGGCUACCCGCCGUUUGAAACGGAGCAUGAUGAUUAUGCGGAAACCUAUCAAUCCAUUGUUGGAGUACGUUACACAUUUCCAGAGCAUCUCAGUGCGCAGGCAAAGGAUUUCAUAUCUUCGAUCUUACAAAAGGAACCUUCCAAAAGACCCAAACUUGUUCAACUAGAAAAGCACCCCUGGCUUAAAGCACACACCACCCAAUCCUAA